GAUGCAUCGGCAGUGGACCCUUUAUUCUCCGCCUCUGAUUUGUAUAACUGCAUCGCAUUGUUGUUCGAAUUAGCAAUACGAAAAUUAGAAUAAUUUUCCGAUUUGUAAUGUUUUUUCGUGAGUGCCAAGCAAUUUAAUAAACUGCUGUUCCGCAAUCGCAAAAUGUAAUGCCGAAGUUUUCCUAGGAACUAAAACUAAUUGGAUAAACAAAGCAGAUUCCGAGCGCACGUCAUCCGUGACUAUUGUCGAUUCCCCGAUAAGCCAAACAAAGCGGGCUGAGGAGCUGAAGAGCCGAGGACAGGAAGUGUCGAACCGCACCCUCAACAAAGAAGAAUCUGCGGCUCCACCAUGCCGAUACUGUACAGCGUAAUAUCACGGGGCACCACGGUGCUGGCCAAGUUCGCGGAGUGUGUUGGCAAUUUUGCCGAAGUAACGGAGCACAUAAUCGGCCGGAUCGGGGUGCACAACCACAAGAUGACCUACACACACGGCGACUACCUGAUCCACUACACCUGCGAGAACAAACUGGUCUACAUGUGCAUCACCGACAACGAGUUCGAGCGUUCCCGGGCGUUUCUCUUUUUGGCGGACGUUAAGCAGAAGUUCAUCCAGACGUACGGCCUGCAGGUUGCCACGGCCAUUGCCUACUCCAUGAACACGGAGUUCUCCAAGGUCCUGGCCCAGCAGAUGGUUUACUUCAGUCAGUCCCGGGAAGUGGAUACAAUUUCGCGGGUUCACGGACAGAUCGACGAGCUAAAAGACAUAAUGGUUAAGAAUAUUGACAGUCUGCGAGAUCGCGGAGAAAAACUGGAGCUGCUGGUCAACAAGACCGAAAACUUGAGCAAUAAUUCCGUUGCAUUCCGAAAAGCAUCCCGAAACUUGGCGCGACAAAUGUUUUGGAAGAACAUCCGCAUCUACGUGGUGGUGGGCCUGGUAAUAACCUUUAUUGUAUACGUUAUUGUGAGCAUGGCCUGUGGCGGCCUCGCCUGGCAGUCCUGUGUUUAGGACCCGCUUAAAGUUGUUUGUAUUGUUAUAAGCUCAUAACACGUGUAUAUUUGCAUAUAAAACUCUACGGUACUUUAUUUAUCUAUGUUCUAUGUAAUAAACGUGAAUGUAUACAGUA